UCCUUCCUCGAAGGCAAGAAACGCCACUCACAUACCCUCAAAGCAGGCAAACAUGUCUUUCCUUUCUCACUUGCACUCAGCGGAACUGUCCCAUCCUCAAUACACCUCCCUGCCACCAACCCUUCCUCUUUCAUUUCCUACAAACUUCAUGCAACCGCAGUCCGCGCUGGCCUCUUACAUAACCUCACCACAUCAGUG